GGUGCGCGCUCACAUAGCAGAGCGCUUCCUCCUGCCGAGCUCGUGCCCGCCACACAAGAACGAUAGAAAAUGGCGAGUCAGUGUAAAAGCCAGCAAUGCACAAUCGACAGGCGCGGCUUUCGGCAGGAACUUGAUUCUUGGCGACACAAACUCGUUCACUGUGUAGGUUUUGAGAGCAUUCUCGAAGGUCUGUUCGGUCCAGAGCUGGUAGACGACCCAACAUUAUUUAAAGACUUUGAGCCGACAGCAGUCUCUGACUGGUCAUUUGACGAAAAUUGUCUUUUCUGUUGUUUGCGACGAGAUAAAGUGAAGGAACACCUAAUUGGCUUAAGCAACAAGGAGCUUGAAGAUUCACCCAAACCUCUGCUUAUUAAAGAUCCGACCGCAAUAAGCAGACUAGAAAAACAAGCAGAGGAAUUUCUCAAUGCGGUCCUCAGCAGAAAAGAUGUGCCAAAUUUCUCUGACCCACACAUCCCAGUAGUGGCUCGAGAGAUCCUUCACAGAAUGAUCCGACAGUUUGCUGCCGAAUAUACCUCAAAAACCAGCUCCCCUCAGGACAGUGGCUCAGAUUCCCAGCCUUGCUUUGACCAAAGCCUGCAGCCCGCGCUCUCAAGGGCAGAUAUUCCUACCAGCCCCUCUGACCCCCCCCUGGCUGGGCCUGCUCACAACCAGAACCCCGUCCUCAGCAAGCUCCUCAUGGCUGACCAGGAUGCUCCUCUCGACCUCACCAUCAAGAGGCCCCCGGCUGUGCCGCGUGACCAAGAUGGAGUUCUUGACUUAUCUAUCAAAAAGAGUCGCUGUAGCAGCACCAGCAGUUUGCCUGUCCGUAGUCCCUGCCUUUCUCCAGCUACAUCCACACUCAAAGGUGAGCCUCAUGACAUGCCCAUUGCAAAGGCCAGAGACCUGCAGUCCGCCUCCUCGCUGGAACAAUUCAUGGCCAAGCUCUGUCCCCACCAUCAGAGACAGAUAAUAGAUGCCAUAGGCUUUCUGCAGACGGAGGUCAAAGCGCUGGCGUCUUCCAAGACGCAGCAAGCCUCUAACCCCACCUCUGGUAUCCAGGUAACCGCUUGUUCUACUGCGAAAUCCAACGCUGCCUCAGAGAGUUCAUGCGCUGAGCGACUGUUUCCCAGCGUAUCGACUCCCAAGUCAGAAGUCCAGAGGACGUCCCGUCCUAUCCAAAGCAGCUGUGCAAUGAAACAAGUUCCAGAGAAUGCCGUUUCGCUAAAAACAUCUGCUGGCCCCGUUUUGGAUCUCCGCAGCCCCGGGUCAGGCAGUCGCCACGCUCUGGUGAAUCCCGCCGCCAUGGAGGCAGAGAGCAACUGUGGUGGUGAUCACGCCCCUCUUAAGAUGAAAAUCAUGACCAGCAAUGUAGCUGCUGGCAAGAAGCUGUCGUGUGUGCUCAACACCUCUCUUUCGUCUCACUCGGACUCCUUGGAGGACAGACAGGGUAACUCGAAUUCGUCCCACAGGACAGAGACUCAUAGCGCCAGACUCAGCUCCUCUGUGAAGCGGCACAACCAAACUAGUCACGCGCAUCAAGCGAGGCCGAGAGAUACUCUAGGGCCCGCCAAAGACAAACCAGCCAGCCUGUUCUCCGUCCACAUGACCAUUCCUUCAGACUCUCCGCGAACUGCAAGGAAGACCGUCAAGUCGUCCUCUGAUCAUCGGAUCAGGGACUCUGCCUGUAGGGGAAUAGCUGACCCCGAUCUCGGCCACUGUGAUAUCGUUUUUAUUGACAAACCAAUUACAGAGUGUUUUAAGGAACAGCGGCGCGGCAUGCAGCCGCGUCGCAACGCCCGGAAAAGCACCAGAGGACAUAUGUAUUCAGAUGAAAUCUGGGAGUUAAAAACUGUCCGCACCUUGGCUGGGAGGGGCAAAUGUCCUAAUCCAUUGCCCGAGCUCAUCACACUGGUCACCCCAAAGCAAGUGCUGUCAAAGCCUGAAGGUCUGCCACCUGUAAAUAUGCCUUUUGCUGGAGCCUGCAGGGAGUCGAGGAAUCAUCGAAUGUCCACAGAAGGGUUAGAUGAGAGCGUGAUUCCAGGGACGGGAGACGCUGUGGAGGUAGCAGCCAGCGACGUAGACCUUCCGGUGGAAACUAGUCAGACGGAUCAGUCGCAGGGCAAAGAGCAGUCGGCUCCUCCAUCUCCCAUCAGGCCUCCAACAGAAAACAAGGAAACUGAUUUGAACACCGUUGUGGAACAGAACGCAACUGGAGACUCGGGGACAAGCGCAGAAAGGGAGGAAAGCGUCGCUCAGGCUCCAUUUGACGCAGAACAAGAUGACGAGCCCGAGCUUCAAGGGGGCAUGCGUGAAAGCAAUGACCGAUUAGUCCCAGAUAAAGUAGUGGAACCAUUAGAGGAUAUUUCUGUUGAAGAAGAUGAGCCCCAGCUUUCAUCAGUAGCCGUGCAGAGCAGUGAGACGGCGCUCCAUCUAACUACAGCCCCAUCGCCGGUGGCUCAAGUAGAGAAGGAAAAUGAGGAAAGCAAUCAGGAGCAAACGCAGGAUGUUCAACCGGAGUCACCGAGGCACUGCAACAACUCAGUCUCAGUUGAAGCCAACACCACAGGUUCAGCAGAGGAGCCGAUGGGGAGAGAGACGGAAAUGAAAAGGUCUGAAGGAGUGGAGGUUGUUUUGCCUUCAGAGAACGAAGGGGACAACGAAGAGGACGUGUCCUCGAAGACGCUUGACUCGCUCUUGAAGGAAUUACCCCCUUGGCGUAGAAAAAAGGGCACUGUGGUUUCGCUGCCACAGCGGUUAAGAAAGGCCGACACCGUGGUUGUGGGUUUUGUCAACGGUCGGCCCAUAUCGGCAUCCGACCGAAGUCUGCGUCGUAGGUCGAGUCUCAGCACCACAUCGCCGAACAAAACCCCGGUCAAAUCCAGCCGCAAUGUCCCCAACAAGAAUUCCGUCGAGUCAACCGUUGAGAACAGGAGUUCGGAGAAACACCUGCCCGAGUCCGACAGAGCUGUAAAAUCCAUUGAGAGUACUUCUGUGAUUCAGCAGGUGCACGAACCAUCGUCUGCUCUACCACCAAGCCCGAAAUCAAAAAGUCCCCCCAAGAACAAACAAAGGAAAGCUCCCACAGGACAGGAUAGUUUUCCUGUCCUCUCAGAUCAGCGGCAACUUAGAUCAGCCAGUCAGAGGCCAGCUGGAGCUCCUCCAUCACCUCCAAAAUCCUAUGCUGGGGUUUCAAUUUCAUCUCCACAACCCACUGCAGAACAAGAUCAUCCAUCUACAGAGCAACUUCAUGCCCUCCCCUGUCCUUCGCCACUUUCUGCCGCUUCUGCUCCAAUCGGGUCGUCUUCCCCUGCGGCUUCUGAGAAGUCCCAACAGCAAGUGGUCCCCGAGACGACAGAAUCAAACACUGAAAGUGCUCAGCCUGUAGAGACGUCCUUUGAAGAAAUACAAAAGACCACAGUAGAAAAUCAAUUGCAGGCAGAACAGAAGCCGCAGUCUGCGAAUAUUGGGGUAGAUGACAGUAGAAAUGAGCAUCCUGACCCCGAGCUAUUGAGUCCUUUAGAAAAUCAAAGUCCCUCAAAGGCUGAAAUGCAAUCACAGCCUAUGCCAUUAAGAAGUAAGCGGGUUCUGCUAAAGGAGGCAGAAGCAAGCGAUGUUGCUUUGUUGCAGAAGCCAAAUGUAGCAUUUUCGGAAAGCACGUCUGCAAGUGGAGAUGAAGGCAGUUCUUUGUUAUCAGAAAAACCCAAACGAAUGCCAUUAAGAAGUGAGAGCAGUAAGGUUGAAAUGCCCCAUCAGUCGCCAGCCGUGAGCACCAAGAAAUCGGCUUUGAGAUCACAAAGGCCGGCUGUAGCCUCUACCAGUGCUUUGGCCCUAGAUGAGAGACAGAGUAACGUGACUUCUCCCCCCAAAAUAAUUCCAGAAAGGGUAACGAAAGCUCAGGUGAAGGCUCCUCCGGUGUGUGUGUCGCCCCAUACCUCAGCCACCCCGGUCAUCCCGCCCAGGGCCGAGCCCCCGAAACCAACCAAUAAGUUCUUUCAGGCUCUGACCGCAGAAGAAAACCAACACCUCAUUACAAAUCUGAACCUUAAGUUUGACAAAAUGCAAAAAGGCUGGGUGCAGAUGGACAAAGAGGGCCAGCCGGCAGCGAAAUACAAAAACAAGGCGGACAGACAGGCCGCCAUAUGGAAGAGUAAACGCAGGGCCCGAAAAUCCAAGUCUUCAGAAAACCAGAAAUACUCCCCGGUCCAAAUGCUCUUCAUGAAGGGUUUUAAUCUCAGCAGCAUUUGCCGUUGGUUCCUGGACACGACGGAGACAAAGUCCCUCGUCAUCGUCAAGAAGGUGAACACGCGUCUUCCGUCAGAAACCCAGCUGUGCUUCCACAGCUCGUCCAGCAGUUCCGGGACCUCUCAGGGGGUGUUUCCCAGCCUCCAGGCCGAGCGCUUAAAGAAACAUUUGAAGAAGUUUGCCAUUGCCUCCCCGGUGAAGAGCAACCCCAGGAGUCAGAAACUGAUCGCCAAAGCGCUGGAGCACGAGGCCAAGGAGCGAGGAGAGCAGCCCAGCAGCACUCAGGCUUCGACCAAGGCCCUCCCUUCCGCCAAAGCCUGCGCGCAGAUGGUCGAGUCCCAGAAGUCCUCUGGUAAAUCCAAGAAUCCGGCCAGCGCGAGGAUCCUGAGGAAGUACUCCAACAUCCGAGAGAAGAUGCAGGUUCAGCAGACCAACGUUCGCCUCAAAGAGGCCUCGAGCAGCGGCGGCAUGAAGCGACUGGCCGCCAAAAAGUCAGCCGUCAAGUCCAAUCUGAGACCGCCGCUGAGGGCAGAGGAAUCCCGCCUGCCCGUCGGUAAACGAAUGAACGCAUCGGCGGCGAAGAUGGAGAGAAGGAAAACGCCGAAGCAUCCCGCCGAGCGGAGGGGGGUCAGAGCGCCACGGGACGAAUUACCAAAGAGAAGCUCUCAGCGCCUCGGCUCUCCCAGAGCGCCCGACCGCGGCCCGCCGGACGCCUUCAGGAGCAAAGCCGACAACAGGAAGCCAACCGAGGCGGAGAGGACGGAGGGCGAGAAGCCCGCCGCGAGCAAGGCCAACGCCGCCAAGGAACCGCCGCAAAGCGCUCCCCCCGAGGCGAAAGGGCCCGAGGGCGCCGGGCCGCAGCCCAGCGGCGCGCUGGAGCCCCCUCAGGUGCUCACCAGGGCCCAGAGGAAAAUGAACGUGGCUUCGAAGCGGCCGGCGAAGACUCAGGGCCCGUCUAGAAAAACGGCCCGGAGGAGCGAGGAGCCCGCGAUGACGAGGCGGGGCGCCGCCACGGCCAGGAGGAGGCCCGCGGCCUCGGCGCCGCGCACCGCCACAAAGCGGGCUCGGGAGCGCUCGCAGACGCCGGCCAAGCGCACCAGGACCUCGCUCUCGAAAUGAAACGCACACGCAGAGAGGAGGAGGGAGAGAACCUCCAUUGAGAGGAUUUAGUCUUCCUUUUUCUGGAAUGUGUUCAGAAGGAGCCGAUGGAUCCGUUUCCUGCCCUCGCCGAACUCUUCAGAGGGAAAACAUGUGAAGGCGUCUGUGCUUUUGUAAAGCUUCCGUGUGAAGAGAGAAAUGCGCUGGAGUCCACUGUGACCUCAGCAGGUGUUUCAGUGUCGGCACUGUGCGACGCGGCUGGAGAUAAUGGCCCAAUGGGAAAAUAGCAUUAUAACCACGACAUUUAAAUUCACUCAGCAUUCUGUUUUCUCAUUCUUUUUUAGAUUCAGUGCAUUAACUGUUCAGAGAGCUUGAUAUGAGAAGGGAAAUUAGUUUUUCAAUACAUACAAUUUUUGCUUCUAGAAGUGGGCGGUUCCUAUCUCCAGCCUGUCUUCCAAUGACACGUGUGAAUAUGUGACUAUUGUGACCUGGUGCCUUAUUUAUGAAUUGUAAAGUAAUGGAAUGUGUUGCUAAAUGUGAAUUCUCCUGUCCACAACAGCUUUCAAUUUCUGGAGAGGUAGUGAACCGUACCUCGUGUGUGUGUGUGUGUGUGUGUGUGUGCGUGUGCAAAUAUAUGCCUCGGGCGUCACCUUUAAAUUCUUAUCUGGAUUGAGGCAGUCGAACUGCUUUCUCAUUUGGUCUCACCUGCCGGCUUUAUUUUCAUAUCCUCGUUUUACCAGAGCAUUAACGUGGUUUUGUUCUUACUGUCGUAGUAUUAAAUGCACAUGCAGCCCUGUGUGAUCUGUAUGUGUCAUGGCAAAUGUUUUUUUUCUUUAUGUUCAUCACUGUGUACCUUUUCCAGUCUAGUAGCAACUUCACAUUGAGUAUUUUACCUGCUUCUGCACGUGUUGAGUCUUGUUGAUGUGGAGACAAUUUUAGCUGCUCUUGCAUUUAGAGUUGUUGCCUUUCUACAAGUGAAACUAUGUUUAUGUACCCGAGCUUCGAAAAUACUAAUGUGUGCAUCAGCAUUGCUUUCCCAUCGAAAUGCUGUACCGAAAGAUGACUUUGAGAUACCGGCUUGUAUCCCGUAGCAACAAUAUUUCAUAACCGCAAAGGCCCUGAGGAGUGUUUAUAUUGAGUUGGUUAAUUUGAACGAAGUUAAUGGCCACUUGAGCAUUAAUAGCAGAUUACAGAGUGACGCAUUUCUUCUCAAAUGACACACAAGCUGGAUGUGAUAUUUUUGGGGUUGUUUAGUCCCACUUGAGUUGCAGUUUUAUGUCUAUUUUUUAUUAUUGUCACACAGAUGUUCUCAUAUGGUGAAGUUUCGUAACUUCCAGGAGUAACUUGCAUUAAUGUAUUGUCAGUUUGUCAUUUUUAGCACAGUGUUAUUUUUUUAUUAGGUUCAUUUCUCUUAGAGGUCAAAUCAUCUGUAAAUGCAAAACAUGUCUGUCAUGUUUUUAUUGUUAUUUAAGAACUCCAUGUCGGCAAACAGAUAUAGCAAAUCUAAACCAGCCCACCAAAUCAAACUUGAACAUGUUUAUUCUUUGCAGUUGCUAUUUAAAGAUUUUGGUUUGUAUAUUAGAAAGAAAUAACUGCUUUAUUUGUGUUAAUCCCAGUAAUGAAACAUCUUUAUGUUUAAGAACUUUGUAUUUUUGCUGGAAUUGAUAUAAAGUUGUUGAAAUUUUA